AUGUAUCAGCAAGUGAUUCAGUUUGGAUAUCCGCAAUUUCUCGCCAUUAUGAGAAAUGGUAAACCAUUUGUCAUAAGAAAAAAUGGUUUACACGAGCAGUGGUACAGUGUCACUCAUCUCAGAUAUGACAUUGCCAAAUUACUUUUCACAGAUCUUGAUGACAGAGAUUAUAAUUACCUCCAGUGUGACGUGGAAUUGUAUGAAUUAAUUGUUGUAUUUACAUUUGGGUUUAAGUGUAGGAAGGUCUGGUUUGACGGCAGAUUGUGUUGGACCAUGCCUUCGAAUGCCAAGGAAUUUCCUAAAUAUUUAGCAUUUCACCUGAGAUAUAAUCAAAUGUAUCUUAUGUUCUCUAAAUUGAGGAUGGAGAGACUGGAUUUGGAGAAUCCUCACGUCAGUGCUGUGGUAGAGCGUCCAGUGUCUGUAAAGAGAAGAGCUCAAAAUGAUAAGGGAACAGUUAACAAGGCUAAAAAAGUGUGUAAUAGAAAGUUAAUUACACCUAAAACUUCUAUUGAGCCCAGUAUAGAAAUGGUGGACGGUGGCUCUACAAGCCUCAAUAUGCCCAGGCAAACUGAACUACUUAGGCUUGAGAAUACAGAAGAAAUAUCUGAAAAUUGUUCAAUACCUCAAGAAAAGACAUUAGAAAGUUCUAAUUUACCGAAUGAAAGGGUGAGAAUUGAAGUACUGGGAAAGAGACAAAGGACUAUACUAAAGCUUUUCCAGGAAAACUGGCACAAAAUUAUCUUAUGUAAUGGAUACAAUUCGACUUCUAAUGGUAACAAUUAUCGUUACAAGCUUGAGAAAAAGCUGUUGAGUAAGAAGUUUAGAAGGAAUUGUGCCAGAGAACUAAUUGAAUCAAUUGACUUCUACAAGGAACAGAAGAUUAUAGUCUUCGGAACUGAGACUAAGUUCACUGUGUAUAAACUGGAAAAUGGCAAUUGGACUGAGGAACACUAUGUUAUUCCACCGAUAAAACUCCUUCGCAGGGACGGGUUUCGCAAUUUUGUUAAAUUAACCAGUGAUCAGUAUACUGUCCACUUAGUUAUAAUUGCAGGUAUACUCUUCUUUGUAUACAGAGUAAUUGAGGGUGUAGAAUGUAUGAUGGUAAAGUUCCGAUUUGAGACCUUGGUCAAUUUUGAUAUUAGAAGAAAAAACUUUAUCAAGACUUUGGUGUACAGUUUGACAGAUGAUAAUAUGUUGGUGGAGACCAACCUACUGAUUAAGUGUACAAAAGUUAAUAAUGGAUGGAUUAGUAAGACUCAAAAGCCUUGGUAUUUAAGGCAUUAUGCUGCGGGUAUGGGAGGAUUAAUACCAGUUUACAUGGACAGAGUGAAAAUAACAGAGAAAUCAAGAAAUAUUUACAGAAUUGACUAUCAAAAUGAGCCAAACUCUUGGGAAAGGAUUGACAUUAUCAAGUACCGUGAAAAAAUCAUUUGGAAACGUGAACCAGGUCAACCUUUUCCAAAGAAUUUGACACAGUAUUCAAAAGAUGGUAGAAACAAGCUCACUUUCCAAUUUGAGGAUAAAUUUAUCCGUUACAUAAUGAUAGGGAAUAGAUCAACGGAGGAACACUAUCCAAUUCCACCAAUCAGACUACUUAAUGAAGAAGAGGGGAACAGUAGAGAACUUAGUUCCGAAGAUUAUAGUAUACAAUUUUGUUCAUUUAAACAUCCUAAAUUUGUUUAUACUCUCAAGAAUGGAGUGUGUACCCUUGUUAAAUACGGUGAGAGAGUAAUAUAUAACGGUAAUCCCGGUGAGAAGCCACUCCAUGUUUUUUACACCAUAGAUAGUGGAAGAAUUGAAAUCGUUUUCGAGGACAAAAUUCUAUUUACCAAUUCAAGAAGUCCCAAUUAUAUUGUGAAGACUUUCAUAAUUCCUCCUGAGCUAACCCUGUACAAGAGAAAUGAUCAGGGAGAAGCGGUAAAACUCAAUGCUCCAGAGUACAUAAUUCAGAUACGUAAUACCACUGGGUUGAAAUACACACCUAGUAACGAUGUUAGUUGCACUGAACUUAGACAUAAUGGAACAGUAGUUUGGAGAUACACAGAUGGACCCCAACCCGUAUCGUUCAUUUACUACUUUAAAAAAAUAAUUAGAAUUUCUGUACGUUACCCCUAUAAACCUUCUCUACAUUAUAAUCUCGAAAAUGGUCAAUGGACUCUUACCAACCCUUAA